GACUUCCGCGUCUGCAAUCCUAAGCUUGCUCUUGGUCUUCACGUCAAGUGUUGCGCGAGGCCGUCCAAACCCCGCCCCGAAAACGUCGCACGUUAAACUGGGUGACGUCGCCGGGACGCGUGGCGGUUUCAGCUCUCUUUCGCCCUGCGCUCUUUUCCUUUUCUUGUCCGCCGUGACCCCAAGCUCGCACUUUAUUCCCUGGGACAAUCUGAGCGAUGACCUCCGACCUCUUCAUGGCGCCAAUUCAGCAAAUGGAGGUUCAGGUUCUUCACCGUGUCCUCCGUCGCCUGAUGCGCCGAGACGUUUUCCUUCACAGCAAUGAUCUCACCAUCGCUUCAAACUCGGGGAAGUUAGUUAGGAAGCCGUUAAUAGUUUUGAAAAUGGCAGCAGUGGGAAAAAAAAACCUUCUUUCAUUUGUGGAACUUCAGUUUUUUUGUCUUCUUCGGGUCCAUGAACUUGGGUGACUUUCCACAUUCCUCACCAAUCUGACCUUUUUUUAUUGCUUUUUUUUGGGGGCCCAUUUUCAUACAUUUGUCUCAUUUCUGCUUCCGUGUCAACUUUUAUUCAUACAUUUAGCUAAUAGCUAACUGCCUCAAAGACAAAGUGUGAGAAAAAAAAAACCCAAAACCUAAUCCUCGUCUGAGUCCAUUUCAAAAGUUUUGCUGCAAUGACAGUCGCUCAAUCAAGCGGGUCGCCAUCUUGUCCGACGCACGCAUUUGGCCCCGUGGCGUCAUAACCUGACGGCAAAUGGAACGGCGGCCAACUUGUCACGCUGCAUCUUUUAAUUUAUAUUUCAGAAGGUUUUUUUUUUUCGGGGAGCACGCAAUGUGCUUCGUGACGUCACCAUAAACAACCGCAGACUAUUUAAAUUGAAAUGAAAACGAUUGUAGCUUUGCGGGCGUCGUGACUUAUUGACCAUAAACUACAAGACACUAUUUAUAUUGUUACUUAAACUCUAUCGUACGGCAUGAACUUUUUUUUUUUUUUUUUUAACUUAGUGGGCAUAGUUAUAAUAAUACUGUAAUUCAGAGGUGGGUCAUUUUUGGUGCAUGGCAUGGUCGUCACUUCCGCCUCCGUACGUCACUUCCUUCCCGGGCUUCUUCCAGGCUUGUCAGGCCCAGUUCGAGCUGUCACUCAUGCGCCGGGAGAGUCGAAGGGCGUCCUGGCUGCCGGCACGCAGGCGAGCCGCUCCGUAGAGUUUGUGGAGGAUCUGAUUGGAGAAAGGCCCCAGUUUUUGUCCACCCUCGUUAUUGUCACCUUGAGGAGCCCUCGCCUUUUUUGGGGGGAUCGUCGUCGCCGUCAUCCUGUGCGGUAGCGCUGUUGCCGCCACGCGCGUGCCAGCUUGAGAAGGACUACGACGCUACCGAUGCAUCGAUUAAGGACUUGCGCCGUGCGCUUGCGUCCGCUCACCGCCUCGCAGGCGGCUCAGAGCGUCGUGCCGCCGCGGCCGCCGGCCGCGGCGGGCCCCUCGGGCGCGAGGACGUUGGGGCCCAUCAGGCGCUACACGGCGCCCGUGGCCUCGGAACCCUUCCUGAACGGGACCAGUUCCAACUACGUGGAGGAGAUGUACUUUGCCUGGCUGGAGAACCCAAAGAGUGUUCACAAGUCAUGGGACGUGUUUUUCCGCAACGCCAACGCCGGCGCCCCGCCCGGCACCGCCUAUCAGUCCCCGCUGGGCCUGUCCGAAGCCCCUCAGAUCUCAUCCCUGGUGGGAGCGCAGCCCAACGUAGAGAAGCUGGUGGAGGACCACCUGGCCGUGCAGUCCCUUAUACGUGCCUAUCAGGUAAUGGGUCAUCACAAUGCCCACUUGGACCCGCUGGGCAUCAGCUGUGUGAAUUUUGAUGACGCGCCGGUCAAUAGUGGCUUCCAAGACAUUCGCGGUCACCAGGUGGCCCAGUUGGACCCGCUCGGCAUCAUGGACGCCGAUCUGGACUCGUGCGUGCCCACUGACAUUAUCACGUCGUCCGACAAGCUGGGCUUCUACGGCCUGGACGAGUCGGACUUGGAGAAGGUCUUCCGGCUCCCCACCACCACAUUCAUCGGAGGUUCCGAGAGCGCUCUGCCCCUGAAGGAGAUCAUACGACGACUGGAGAUGGCGUACUGUCAGCACAUCGGCGUGGAGUUCAUGUUCAUCAACGAUCUGGAGCAGUGUCAGUGGAUCCGGCAAAAGUUCGAGACGCCUGGCGUGAUGCAGUUCACCCUGGAGGAGAAGAGAACUCUGCUGGCCCGCAUGGUCCGAUCCACCAGGUUCGAGGAAUUCCUGCAGAAGAAGUGGUCGGCCGAGAAGCGAUUUGGCCUGGAGGGAUGCGAGUCUCUCAUCCCGGCUCUGAAGACCAUCAUCGACAUGUCGUCUGGGAGCGGGGUGGAGUACGUCAUCAUGGGCAUGCCUCACAGAGGUCGUCUUAACGUUUUGGCCAACGUGAUCCGCAAAGAACUGGAGCAGAUCUUUUGUCAGUUCGACUCCAAACUGGAGGCGGCAGACGAGGGUUCCGGGGACGUCAAGUACCACCUGGGCAUGUACCACCGCAGGAUCAACCGCGUGACUGACCGUAACAUCACCUUGUCUCUGGUGGCCAACCCGUCGCACCUGGAGGCGGCCGACCCCGUGGUGCAGGGGAAGACCAAGGCCGAGCAGUUCUACUGCGGGGACGACGACGGGAACCGGGUGAUGUCAAUCCUCAUCCACGGGGACGCCGCGUUCGCCGGUCAGGGAAUCGUGUACGAGACCUUCCAUCUGUCGGACCUGCCGUCCUACACCACGCACGGCACUGUGCACGUGGUGGUCAAUAACCAGAUCGGCUUCACCACGGACCCGCGCAUGGCUCGCUCGUCUCCUUACCCGACGGACGUGGCACGCGUGGUCAACGCUCCCAUCUUCCACGUCAACGCCGACGACCCGGAGGCCGUCAUCUACGUGUGCAAGGUGGCGGCCGAGUGGCGGGCCGCCUUCCACAAGGACGUGGUGGUGGACCUGGUGUGCUACCGGCGCAUGGGCCACAACGAGAUGGACGAGCCCAUGUUCACGCAGCCGCUGAUGUACAAGCAGAUCAAGAAGCAGAAGCCCGUCCUGCUCAAGUACGCCGAGAAGCUCAUUGCCGACGGGAGCGUCAGCCGCCAGGAGUACGAGGAGGAGAUCGCCAAAUACGACAAGAUCUGCGAGGAGGCCUACGCUCGAUCCAAGGAUGAGAAGAUUCUCCACAUCAAGCACUGGCUGGACUCUCCGUGGCCCGGUUUCUUCACGCUGGACGGACAGCCCAAGUCCAUGAGCUGCCCCUCGACCGGACUGACUGAGGAAAACCUGGACCACAUCGGACAAGUGGCCUCUUCCGUCCCCGUGGAGGACUUCACCAUCCAUGGCGGUCUGAGCCGCAUCCUGAAGGGUCGCGCCGAGAUGGUCCGUAAGAGGACGGUGGACUGGGCCCUGGGCGAGUACAUGGCCUUCGGGUCUCUGCUCAAGGAAGGCAUCCACGUGCGUCUGUCGGGACAGGAUGUGGAGCGGGGGACCUUCAGCCACCGCCACCACGUCCUCCACGAUCAGAAUGUGGACAAGAGGAUCUGCAUCCCCAUGAACCACCUGGCCCCAGACCAGGCACCGUACACGGUCUGCAACAGCUCUUUGUCGGAGUACGGCGUCCUGGGUUUUGAGCUCGGUUUCGCCAUGGCGAGUCCCAACGCGCUGAUCUUGUGGGAGGCGCAGUUCGGCGACUUCCACAACACCGCGCAGUGCAUCAUCGACCAGUUCAUUUGUCCCGGCCAGGCCAAGUGGGUCCGACAGAACGGCAUCGUGCUUCUGCUGCCGCACGGCAUGGAGGGAAUGGGACCCGAACAUUCUUCUGCUCGUCCGGAGAGGUUCCUACAGAUGUGCAACGACGACCCGGACGUCAUGCCGACCUUGACGGACGACUUUGCGGUGCGUCAGUUGUACGACUGCAACUGGAUCGUUGUCAACUGCUCCACUCCUGGCAAUUAUUUCCACGUGAUUCGACGACAGAUCCUGCUGCCGUUCAGGAAGCCGCUCAUCGUGUUCACUCCCAAGUCGCUGCUGCGCCACCCAGAGGCCAGGUCCAGUUUUGAUGAGAUGCUGCCAGGAAGCGAGUUCCAGAGGUUGAUCCCCGAGGGCGGCGCGGCGGCCCAGCGGCCCGACGACGUCAAGAGGUUAAUCUUCUGCACGGGCAAAGUUUACUACGAGCUCACCAAGGAGAGGAAGAACCGCGGGAUGGACCAGACGGUGGCCGUCGCCCGCAUCGAGCAGUUGUCGCCGUUCCCGUUCGACCAAGUGAAGGCGGAGUCGGAGCGAUUCGCCAACGCCGACUUGGUGUGGUGCCAGGAGGAGCACAAGAACCAGGGUUACUAUGACUACGUCAAGCCUCGCAUCAGGACCACCAUCCAGAGAGCCAAACCCGUCUGGUACGCCGGUCGCGACCCCGCCGCGGCGCCGGCCACGGGCAACAAGAACACUCACCUUCUGGAGCUUCGGCGUUUCCUGGACAAGGCUUUUGGUCUGGACGCCUUCCAGGACCAGCAGUAGAAGACUCCUUAUGACCUCUGACCCCGCAGCAGAUGGGACCCUAACCCUAACCUUUGACUGUCACGCACACGCCCGAAGUGCUAAAGUCCCAAUGUUGAUUUUUCUUUUCCGAGUUGCUAAUUGGAAGUGACUUUGAUUGAUUGACAGGCUCUUGCUUCCCUGCAGCGCCUCCUACAGGCCACCAGUGACAACACUGAUUUCUGUGCAGAUUUUACUGAUUUUUAAAGCGCCCCCCCCUCCAUUGCCCAGUCAUUUCCGUCGCACGUUCUUCUAUUUUUUUUUUUUUACAUUUCGUUGACCGACAGUCGGGCUUCUUGUGAGCACACAAAACAAAAAGAGGAAACCCAAAAAGUUUGGUUCGAUCAAAGAUGAAAUCAAAGAAGCCGGCCGAUUGUCGGGUCUGUCGAGCGUCGUUCGGUGCGCCGUGCGGCUGGAGAAGGUUUUGCGGCGAGUGCGGCUGCCAAAGGAGACUUGAGCUUUGACGUGAACCCACGAAGAAGGAGAAAAAGAUCUUGUAUUUAUUUUGCUAGAGGGGAGCUGCCAAGUUUUCUUCCUGGUUUUGCUUCAUUCAAUAAAGAUUUCUUGCUGUCCGCCACA